AUGUAUCGGAAGUUGUCUAAGUUAGAACACUCGGAAAUAAAACAACUUCUUACAGAAGCUAACAUAGAUGUUGCAAAACAUUACGCGACAAACAAAAAAGCACUCGCUGACUUCAUUAAAGACUAUAAUGGUGCAUUAAGUUAUGAUAGAAUUCAUGAGUUUAUAAAGCCGCAACGCGGCGAGGACGAAGUCCAUGCAAGAGCAUUUCCUUUAAAUGACGUUGCUAUUGACUUAUAUCAUAGACGUUCAGUACCACAUGAAGUAAGGCGUGAGAUGUUUGACAUAACAAAUGCGAACGUUGGUGAAACAAGAAGAAGAGACGACACACUGAAACAACAGAGAAGAGAGAUGUUUAAGAGCGCUAUAGAACAAGUUCGCAAAGCUAACGAUGUCAUUCGUUCCAUUGACGACAAACCAAAAGAAGGUGAGAGAUGGUUAAAGAAAGAUGAAGAGAAUAGGAAGAGAAAUGUGAAGUCAGGCAAUAGACUCAUUGACUUUAACAUCGAAGCUUUAGAUGAACCAAACAGAGACUACUUACACAAACAUUUCGGUAAGAUUUUCAUGAGACUCUUAGAGAAAAUUAAAAUAAACUCCCAACAGAGAUGGAUGGUAUGUUAUAAACUUGGUGGAAAGUAUGAAUGUUCUACGUUAAACCUCAAUAAUAUUGGAACAUUAUUACAUCAGCUCUUGAAGGAGAACUUUAUAUCAGAGAUAGAAGCAAAUGCUGCAGGUAUUGUUGAAAUGCACUAUGACUUCUUCUUGACAAACAUAAAGAAUCUUACUGAAAUAAAGAUGUAUGAUUUAACAGAAUAUGAAGGCUUAACGAUGUCAGAUGUUAAGAAAGGAAAGCCACAGAAGCGACCAUAUAGAGAUGAAAGCACACUGACAAAUGACCAGAAAGCCAUUUUGGAAGCUCUUAAGCAAACAGGAAACCCAGCACUUAUAGAAAGCUUUUGGAAAGAUAAUGGUGAAAAGAAGUUUUAUAAGAAGAGAAGCGGUCAGUUCUGGAAGUAUCUUUGCACAUUACCUAUAAAUCUUGAACGCUACCAAAUCUUCAAUGAACUGAACAAAAGAACUGCAACACUUAUGACAGAAGACAAUUGUUUCGUUUAUGCUUGCAUUCAGGCUGGAGUAAAUGAAGAAACUAUUGACCACAUGAGAGAAGUCAUUCGUGUUAGAGACUUUCCUCAAAGUAAAGUACAAGAAAUUUCUGACGCAACAGGUAUAGCAUUUAAUGUUACCAUUGGUUAUUUCAAUGACUCAAGACAUAAUGAAAUAAAGAGAUAUAUACCAAAAGAAUGUGAAACUGUUAGAACUAUUGACUUACUUCUUGUUGAAGACCACUACAUGCUAAACGAAAGACUUCCAAUGACAACAUAUUUCAUUCGCAACUAUAUAGAAAUCUUGAAGGAGUGUGGUGGAAUGAACAUUGAGAAACAGAUGAAGAUUUAUACAAAGAGAGAAGAUAAAUAUGUAGUUCACAUGGAUAGAACUACACCGCUAUGGGAUGCUAUGAAAACAUUGUGGGAGUGCAAAUAUUUCGAACCUAUUUCUUAUGGAGAACUUUUCACAUAUACGACUGACUUAUAUAAACAGAACCUUGCACCAUUUAAAGAUUUGACAUAUGCUCCAAAGUAUUGUGUACAACUGAAGAAGAAAGCCGAGUCAAAAGAAGUAAAUAAAAAUAAAUGUAAGUUCAUUCCUGAGCAUGUUUUCUUUGCUGACUUUGAGUGUAGUACCGAUGGCUUUCAUAAAGCUUUUAACAUAUGUUAUGACAGUGAAGAUGGUUCGGUGAGUGAAAGCAUUUGGGGUCAGAACUGUGCAACAGAAUUUUUGGAACGACUUCCUGACAAGAGUUUAAUAUAUUUCCAUAACCUCAGCUAUGAUAUAAACUUCAUCUUAAGACACAUGACAGAAGUGAAAGGAACUCCCAUCAUUAAAGGUUCACGAACAAUGCAAAUAACUGGCUUAUAUAAAGGAAGGGCAAUUAUUAUAAAAGACUCUUACAGUGUUAUAAAUAAGAAGCUUAAACUAUUUCCUGCUAUGUUUAACUUACAAACAGGACCGAAAGAAGUAUUUCCAUACAACUACUACAGCAGUACUUUGUUAGCAAAUGACAACAGAACUGGUGUCAUUUCUGAAGCAUGUAAGUUUAUCCAGGAUGCAGAUACAUUCAUGAAGAACAUAGAUUCCAUCAAAGGUUGCAGAAUAGAUGAAAACCACUUCGACUUAGAAAAAUAUAG